AACUUAUGCCCUAAAGUCUCAAUCUAUAUAAACCUUCGUUGAAAAAUGGAUAUUGAACAAGAAAUCAAAAGAAAUGACGAGAAAGAGAGUGUGAAGCGCUAUACUGAAGAUUUUUACAGUAGCAGAACUGAAGCACUCCAGAAUUGGUUGGAGAUCACAUCAAAUUUCAUUCAGAGAGCACACUAUUUGCUAGAAGAUGUUGGGAAACGUGGGAAGUCUCUUUUCCAACUUAGAAAGAAGGCGGAGCAGAUAUGCAAGGAUAUUGCUGCACAUGUUCAAGAAGCUCGUGGAUUCUCCGACAUCCCACUUUCCUAUCGACAAGAGAAAGUGGCUGCUGAUCGUUUUGAGGACUUUGAAUCGAGAAGUGGUGUUUUGAAGGACAUCAUGGAGGCACUACGAAGUCCUGGCAUCAACAAGAUAGGAGUGCACGGGAAGCCUGGUAUGGGGAAGACAAUGAUGGUUAGAGAAGUUAAAAGAAGAGCUGAGCAAGAAAGAUUGUUUGAUGCAGUUCUAAUGGCAACUGUGGGUAGGAAUCCAGACUUACCAAGAAUUCAAGAUGAAAUUGCACGUGUUUCUAAUGAAGAGACAGGGCUGAUAGAAAAGAAGGUCCUCGUGAUUUUGGACGACUUAUGGAAGCCAGAAUUAUCUUUGGAGUUGCUUGGAAUAAAUGGGAAGGAAGAAGACAAUGUUGUAUCUUACAAACUUCUGCUGACCUCUAGAGAUAGAGAUGUUGUAUCUCAUAUAUCGGAAACACAAAUUGAAAUUGGCAGCUUAGCUUGGGGAGACGAAUGGAACCUAUUUAAGAAGAUAGCUGAUGAUCCAGAUAAAAGUCGUGGUUUGCCGUUUUAUGCAAAUGAGAUUACCAAGAAGUGUGAGGGCUUGCCCAUUGCUGUUGCAACACUCGCAAAUGCCUUGAGAAGAAGGAAUCUGAUUGAGUGGAAGACUACUUUACGAAAGCUACAAAGCCCGCCCUUUGAUCAGCUGAAUUCAAGUCAGAUACCACAAAGCCUGUAUUCAGCUAUCAAGUUGCAUUACAGUGGUUUGAAAAGCAACGAACUCCAUCAAAUUUUCUUGCUUUGCAGUCUACUGGGUCAGAAUGCAACCAUUCAAAACUUGUUGAAAUAUGGCAUAGGCUUGGGCUUAUUCCCAGGAGUCAAAUCUCUAGAGGAAGCACGAGCUCAAGUGCUAAAUUUGGUGACUAAACUCAAAGAUUCUUCUUUGUUGCUGGAUAGUGGUAGCAGUUUGAACUUCGAUAUGCACGAUCUUGUUCGAGAUUUUGCCACAUCGACUGUCUCUAAGGAGUAUGGCGUGUUGGCUUUAACAGAAGACGCACCAAUCAACUGGUCACACAUGGAGGCGAUGGAGAGCAUCAAAUGGAUUUAUUUAUCAAAUGGGGACACCAGUCAGCUUCCAGAUGAGUUGAAAUGUCCGAAACUUACUUUCUUUCAUUUGUCUGAAAAGAGUCCUUCUCUAGUAAGUCCACCAAACUUGUUUAGGGAUAAGGAAGGACUCAAAGUCUUGAGUUUGUCGAAAAUGAAUUUUUUGUCAAUCCCUUCCUUAAUUUCCCCCCCAAAAAACCUUCGUACUUUGUGUCUGGAUCAAGUUGAGUUAGGAGCCGCAAACAUAGGCACAAUGAUGGGAGAGCUGGAGAAUUUGCAACAACUACAAGAAAUUAGAGUGAAACACUGCAGUGACAUGGAAGAGAUUAUUGAUGACAAAGAGCAAGAGAGUGGGAAUAGUGCUGAAGAACGUGAAGGACAUAUUGUGGAAUUAAUUACUCUGCGAUCCUUGAAGUUACAACGUCUACCAAAGCUGAUUAGCUUCAACAGUAGUUGCAGGAACAUGGCUUUUUUCAAUGAAAAGGUUGUGUUUUCAAACUUAGAGGAAUUGCAAUUGUUCUCAAUUAUGGUUGAUAAUACCAUAUGGUACGAUUCAAUGACAUCUUGUAUUGAGAAACUGACAAAGUUGAUCAUUCAUGGCUGUGACAAUUUGGAAUACCUAUUCCCAUCUUCCAUAGCAACAGGAUUGUUGAAGCUUAGACACCUGCAAGUAAAGAAAUGCCAAAGGAUGAGAGAGAUUAUUGUGGCUAAUGGUGAUGAAGAAAAAGAAAUUUUGAUUUUUCCUCAAUUGACUUUUCUGGUGAUAGAGGACCUUCAAAACCUUGUUUGUUUCUGCGCAGGAAAUUAUACUGUAGAAUUCUCAUCCUUAAAACAACUACAAAUAUUGAACUGCAUAAAUUUUGAGGAAUUCAUUAAAUAUUUUACAAGUACAAAUGUCACAUACGACACACCAUCACUCUUGAAGGAAAAGGUUGUGCUUUCAAACUUAGAGGAACUGUGGUUGUUCUCAAUUAUGGUUGAUAAUACCAUAUGGUACAAUUCAAUGACAUCUUGUAUCAAGAAACUGACAAAGUUGAUCAUUCAUGGCUGUGACAAUUUGGAAUACCUAUUCUCAUCUUCUAUGGCAGCAGAUUUGUUGAAGCUUAGACACCUUCAAACCCUCAAAACCUUGUCAGCUUCUAUGCAGGAAAUUAUAUUGUGGAAUGCUCAUCUUUAAAACAAUUACGAAUAUUGAACUGCAUAAAGUUUGAGAGAUUCAUUAAAUUUUUUGCAAGUAC